AUGUUAUCCGCCUUCACCGCGCGGCCACUGGUCGAAUUAAGGCCGCGCGAUAAAUCAAAGAUUGACUCCGUCCUCGCCUACGGUGACCGUCUUCUCGCCGGCCUCAACAACGGCUCUCUCCGCAUCUAUCGUGUCACAGACGACAACGCGACCGAGCUACUCCGUGAAUUGGAGAAGUUCUCCCGCUACCGUAUUGAGCAGCUUGCGCUUGUGAAAGAAGUGGGUGUGCUGGUCUCGCUGGCCGGUGGCUAUGUCUCGCUCCACGACUCUCAGACCUAUGAGUUGAAUGAACAGUUGGCUCAGACGAAGGGUGCUUCAGCGUUUGCUAUUACCUCGAAUGUGGUGAAUGAUCCGGAUACGAAUGUUCCAGCUAUUGUAUCGAGGUUGGUGGUCGCUGUCAAGCGGAAGAUUUUCAUGUGGGUUUGGCGUGACAUGGAGCUUGAGCCGAACACUACGGAGCUGAGCUUGGUUAGUGCCGUCAAGACCAUGACUUGGGUCUCUGCUACGAAGCUUGUUGUUGGCCUGAGCUCUAGCUAUGUUAUGGUUGAUAUCAAGAGUGGCCAGGUCUUUGAGCUUCCUGGCCCGGGAAUAUGGAGGAGUCAGGAAGAUUUACAGGAGUUGGCGCUGCGAGGUCAGAUCUUGCUAGCGAAGGAUAUCAACACGCUUUUUAUUGACGUUGAUGGCCAGCCUCUCGGUCGGAGGCAGAUUCCCUGGAGCCAUGCGCCUGUGGAAAUUGGGUAUUCAUACCCAUUCCUCUUGGCUCUUCAUGACACUGCUAAGGGUGUGCUCGAAGUCCGGAACCCGGAAACUCUAUCACUGCUUCAGUCUAUUCCUCUGCCCUCGGCUAGCAUUCUGCACAUACCCCAGCCGAACAUCAGUCUGGCUCAUGCUGGCAAAGGCUUCCUAGUCGCUAGUGAUCGGACUAUCUGGAGAAUGGAGGCUCUGAGCUACGACACCCAGAUCGAUGCGCUGGUAGAGAAGGGUUACUUGGAUGAGGCAAUCAGCAUGCUCGGCAUGCUUGAGGAUGCUCUUCUACGAGACAAGGCCGGCCGACUACGCUCCACCCAGCUAGAGAAAGCUCAAAGCUUAUUCGCAUUGCGGAAGUAUCGCGACUCUUUGGACCUCUUCACCGAGAUUGCUGCUCCUCCCGAGAUCGUCAUUCGUCUUUACCCCCGCUUGAUCGCCGGUGACCUCUCUGCUAUUCCGGAGAAGAACGGAUCCGAUCAAGCAAACGACUCUCAAUGUGACGAGUCAUCCGAACUGGCUAAGGAUGGGCCCCCAAAUGGGCCCCCAAAUGGACUCACGUCCCUUCACGCCCCCUCUGUUCAGUCUCUUUUGCGAAGGACCGAAGAUGGCAGUGACGCCAGCAGUACCCGUGACGAAGAAAAGGACCUGAAAUUAUCUGUCCGUGAGCUCCAGGGAUACCUGGCGGAUGUCCGCCGACGGUUUCAGCGAUACCUUGGCCCGGAGGGUACGUUGAGAACACCGGCACCUACCGAAGCUACAGAUGAAGCGAGUGCCUCUGUGCUCAAACUUCUCGACUUCCCUACGCCCGAAAACUUUUUGGAAGUCAUUCGUGCCAAGGCUCGGCUCGUAGACACUACGCUGUUCAGAGCACAUAUGUUUGCUACGCCAUCUCUUGCAGGGUCUCUAUUCAGAAUUGCCAAUUUCUGCGACCCUGAUGUGGUGAUGGAACGUCUCGAAGGGACAGGUCGAUAUAAUGAUUUGAUCGACUUCCUCUACGGCAAGAAUCUCCAUCGCCAGGCUUUGGAAUUGCUUUACAGAUUGGGUCAUGAGGAGUCAGGGUUACUUAGCGGACCAACUCGCACAGUCGCAUACUUGCAGGAUCUCCCACCUGAACACAUCGAUUUAAUACUCGAGUUCGGAAAAUGGCCACUUGAAGAGAACCAUGACAUGGGCAUGGAAAUCUUCCUUGCAGAGACCGAAAAUGCCGAGACGUUACCAAGGCACCGUGUCCUAAGCUUUUUGGAGGGCAUUGAGAUCAAGCUUGCUAUUCGGUAUCUCGAACAUGUCAUUCAAGAAUGGAAUGAUAUGUCGCCUGACAUGCAUCAGCGGCUUCUGAUGCUGUAUCUUGAUCGAAUCUACGCUGACAAAAGCGACAAGGAUUGCAAGGACAAGUUCCUGUCUAUGCUCAGGGAAAGUGAACAAUAUUCACCAGCGAAGACUUUGGAUCGACUGGAUCGCGAGGAUCCAGACUUCUACGAGGCACGGGCUAUCGUCUUUGGCAAGAUGGGUCAGCAUCGCCAGGUUCUGGAAAUUUACGUUUUCAAGCUUCAUGACCAUGACAAAGCCGAGGAGUAUUGCAACCAAGUGCAUCUCACCGAGCCUCCAUCCGAAGACGAUGACGAGAAGACAAUCUACCUCACUCUCCUGUCCCUCUACCUCGAGCCACCACACGGUUACCAACCCCAACAUGGCCCCGCAUUGGUUGUUCUCGCCAAACAUGGAUCCCGGCUACCGGCAGAUGCAGCCCUUGGCUUGAUCCCUGCAGCAUUGCCUGUGCAGGAACUGGAGUUCUACUUCAAGGGUCGAAUGCGCGCAGCCAAUUCCGUCUUCAACGAGGCCCGCAUUGUGGCGAGUUUGCGCAAGUCCCGCGACGUGCAGACUCAGGCUCAGCUCCUCCUCGGUGAAGGUGUACGGGGAGGCGGUACCCGGGCACGCCACGUCACUGUUACCGAAGAACGGAUCUGUGGUGUGUGUCACAAGCGAUUGGGAGGAAGUGUGAUCAACGUCUUCCCUGACAACACUGUCGUCCAUCUGGGCUGUGCGAGCCGCAUUCCCAACUUUCGUUCCGGGUAG